AUGGAGAAGGCAGGUGCGCCGCCGCCGCCUUCCUUGCAAGUCCAGUACGAGAGCUUAGCCCUGGAGGCAGCCCUGAGCACGCUCCUUGCCGUGGCGCUGUACUCGGCGCUGAAGAUGAGCGUCGACGGCAUCCGCCACUGGAGGGCGAGGGUCUCCGUGCUGGUGGUGGGCGCCGGCCCGGUGGGACUGACGGCCGCGCUGGUCGCUGUCCGCUCGGGCAAGGUGCUGAAACUGACGCUGCUGGACGAGCGCUCCCGCGCCGCGCUCCUCUGCAGGGCCCAGCAGAUCGCGCUGGAUCCUCGCAGCGUCCGCUUCCUGCUGGGGCUCGGGGUGGACUUCGACAACAUGGAAGGCUGUUGGGAGCAGGAGCACUUCUUCACCAAGAUCGGGGUCUUCCAGGAGCACCUGCUCAGCAUCCUGGAGCAGCACAAGAGGCGCCUGGCCGUCCACAUCUUACUGGGCACUAAGUUUUCAGAUGAUUUUCUAAAAAAGAAUCUAGUCUCCAACUGGCCAGAGAUCAUUGUCUUAGCUGAUGGAUCCCGUGGAGAGUCAAGUGCAGUUCUUGGAAUCAGCCCAGAAUACAUUGUGGAAUCUUGUAACGCUUAUGGAGCCAAUGCUGUCAUCGAGAGACCAGACCAACGACAGGUACCAACCCCAGAGAUCCGUGCUCAUAGUUUGUACUUCGACCUCUCUGCUUAUGGCAUGGAUAUGUCUGCUAUGAGAAAAGAAUCUCCAAAGCCUGGAUUCCAUCUUAAAAUCUAUGGGACGUUCCGCAACCGUUACCUGGCUUUGGCAUGCCCUGCUUCUGAUUCCAAAAUGGUGAGGUUCUUACGCCAUACACUCAAUUCUUCAAUAAUGAAGAACGUAUUCCACCAGUCUUUCAAUGCCUACAAGAUGGAUAUUGAGCCCAGAGUAAAUGAGCUGACUCUCCAUCAUAUCCAGUGCAGUGCUCGACUGUUUGAAAUCAUGUUGUCCCAUCGGCGAGUAACUGCAGCUUUCAUUGAUGGGGACAAUGUUGUUGUCACUGUAGAAGGAGAAGCAGCAAGGGUGCUGAAUUUUGACACUGGCUGUGGAGUUAAUCUUGGGCUGAUAGGUUUGGAGUCGACAGAAGAAUUAAUCUAUAAAGUGGCCACGGCUAUGGAUCAACAUGAUAUUUUUGAGGCACUGGCAGCUAAAAUCCGGCAUUCAAAGCAAGUGGUGGAAGAUUUCAAGCAGAAUGGAUUAUUUACUACCAUGUUUGAAUGA